AAUCGGAGGAACACUGGUCGCCAUGGGGGUCAGGAGGCUGAGGAAAGAAUCCAUGGUCGAGCGUCGUCUCUUGCUCUGGUGCUGCUUUCUCUGCUUCGUGUCCGGAUUCUUCACGUCUCGGCUCUUCCUCCAGGAGGGUAGUUCCUCGGCCGGCGGCGGGCCUCCGACCGUGCUUCAUGGGCGCACCGGCGAGUCUAAGACUGCUUCGAUCCCUUACCAGGUUUUGAGCUGGAAACCUCGUGCAGUCUAUUUCCCUGGGUUUGCAACGAAGGAGCAGUGUGAAAUUAUCACAGAAACUGCCAGGGCAAGACUCGAGCCGUCAAAACUAAUGCUUCGCGAGGGAGAGACACCCGAAAAUACUAAAGGAAUAAGAACGAGCACUGGCACGUUUCUCAGAGCCUCAGAAGAUUCGACUGGAACUCUGGAAGAAAUCGAGCAGAAGAUUGCAAGAGUAUCCCUGAUCCCAAGAGAAAAUGGAGAGCCAUUCAACGUUCUCCGGUAUGAGAUCGGACAGAAGUAUGCUUCUCACUACGAUGCUUUCGACCCUGCUGAAUACGGACCACAGACGAGCAGUAGGGUAGCUACGUUCCUACUGUAUCUUUCAGAUGUGGAAGAAGGUGGAGAAACUGCUUUUCCCUUUGAGAAUGGUUCCAAUAUGGACAUUGGUUAUGAUUAUGAGGAGUGUAUUGGGUUGAAGAUCAAGCCAAACAGAGGCGAUGGAAUUUUAUUCUUCUCGAUGUUCUUAAAUCAGACCAUUGAUCCUACGUCGCUGCAUGGGAGCUGUCCGGUCAAGAAAGGAGAGAAAUGGGUCGUUACUAAAUGGAUGAGAGAUCAGAGACAGGUCUGAGGAUAAAUUUUAGUCGAUCGUCUUCAGAUUCAUGGUCAUAUAGAUAGAGAUAGAACUGUAAGGAUGAGGAAAUUUGUUCUGUAUUUGUAUCAUUU